AUGAACCCUUGUCAAGCUACAACAUGUAGAUUGCCCAUCAAUUUAAAUCGUUAUAUUGGAACAAAUGAACAUCAUGUUCCCGAACUAGUUGAUGUUAGGUUCUUUACGGAAGAAAAAAUUCCAAAACUACAUACUACAUCAUGUAGAUUAGGUGAUCAUUUAGCUUAA